AAAAUUAAAGUGAUCAGUCGGUUCAGAGAAUCCAUUUGUUAAAUCUUAUUUUAACUAUUUCUAGUAGUAAUAAGUGAUUGUGCGCUCUCUAUUAUUGUGAUAUUUUGUGUUAUUAUUGCAUCAGUUUGGCUUCAGUACACGUUUUUCAUCCGGGAACACGUUAUCGACCCUCCAAAGCAUUCGUCUCUAUACAGCGGACGAUUCGGCGCCAUAUGCCGAGAACACCACGUGACAUCGCAGAAAUAUAAAAGCACAUUGCCGCUUCGCAUCGUUCUCUUUUCCCACACAAAACGUAAACGAGUCGGUGAAGAGUUAGUUAAGUGAUCGUAAAUUUUUUCUUUUAUUUUGGAAAAACCGCGUGUUAUUAUUAAUUACCUCCUCGAAGUGACUACUUUAAUUCAGGCGAAAUCUCGAUAAGAACAAGAUGCCAGACACUAUUACCAACGGAUACACGAACGGACACAUGCCGUACGACAUGGAAGACGGAUCAAAUUUUCUCUUCACAUCGGAGUCGGUGGGAGAGGGCCAUCCAGAUAAAAUGUGCGACCAGAUCAGCGAUGCCGUCCUAGACGCUCAUCUCAAGCAAGAUCCGGACGCGAAGGUCGCUUGCGAAACUGUUACCAAGACCGGCAUGGUACUCCUAUGCGGAGAAAUCACCUCGAAAGCAAAUGUUGACUACCAAAAAGUGGUCAGGGAUACCAUAAAACACAUUGGAUAUGAUGAUUCUUCAAAAGGUUUAGACUAUCGCACGUUGAACCUGCUAGUUGCUCUCGAAGAACAAUCACCGAAUAUUGCCGGUGGAGUACACGUGGACAGAGACGAAGUUGAUAUUGGUGCAGGGGACCAGGGUCUAAUGUUCGGCUAUGCAACAGACGAAACCGAAGAAUGCAUGCCUCUUACCGUCGUGUUGGCCCAUAAACUGAACGAAAAAAUCGCGGAUCUCCGACGAGCAGGGGAGUUCUGGUGGGCGAGACCCGACUCCAAAACCCAAGUGACCGCCGAGUACACUUUCAAUCAUGGGGCGUGCAUUCCCAGGAGGAUACACACGAUUGUUGUGUCUCUGCAACACAGUGAGAAAAUUUCACUGGACGAGCUCAGGGAGGACAUCAAGAAUAAGGUCAUUAAGGAGGUGAUUCCCGCUCAGUAUAUGGACGAGAACACCGUGGUGCAUAUUAAUCCUUGUGGAUUGUUUAUUAUUGGUGGACCACAGAGCGAUGCUGGUUUAACAGGGAGAAAAAUCAUCGUGGACACUUAUGGAGGUUGGGGGGCCCACGGAGGUGGAGCUUUUUCAGGAAAAGAUUUCACAAAAGUAGACAGAUCUGCCGCGUACGCAGCCCGUUGGGUAGCAAAAUCCCUGGUAAAAGCCGGAGUUUGCAGACGUUGCCUCGUCCAAGUGUCAUACGCGAUCGGUUUAGCUGAGCCCCUUUCGAUUUCAGUAUUCGACUACGGAACCUCCAAACUGAACCAGAAACAACUUUUGGAAAUUGUCAAUGACAAUUUCGAUUUGAGGCCAGGCAAAAUCGUCAAAGAAUUGAACCUUCGUCAACCAGUUUACCAACAAACCAGCACAUACGGCCACUUCGGUCGCAACGGAUUCACAUGGGAAACCCCGAAACCAUUGAAACUUGGACAGUAUUCAAGCCUGAUAUAACAUCCCUCGAUUAUCGUGUAACCCUAAUAAUAAUAAUGAAUAUUAUUAUUUAUAGAUAGAUCCAAUAAUAUACCAGUUCGUAAGCUUUAGACUAUAAAACAACAACAGUUUUUAGUUUUAGUAGGGUUUUUACUUAUAACUGGGUCUAUCAUUUGAUCUGUGAUGGCCCCAACGUGGAAUUUAAAUAGUUAUUAGUGAGUAAGUGAAAUGGAGGUAUUUUUUUACGGCUAAACCACAGCUAUGUCGGGGGGGAUUUUUCGUCAAUUGUAAUUCCCGUUAGAUUUUUAUUCUGUGAUAUAAUUUUUUUUUUAUAUAUAUACAUAAAAGCGAUAUUUCUACACUGGUUUGAGUAAGUCUAGUCAGCCAAAUUAUAUUUAAAUCACUCCUAAUCAUUUUGGGUAUUUUUUCCUGGAUAAAAUGGAAAAAACCCUCCGUUUACAUAGUUGUAAUCCACCGAUCCAACACUGUUUUUAUAUAUUAGAGACAAUUAAGGUUAAAGUGACUGUUUUUUUUUUCUAUGUGUAAAUUUUAGAGGGGAAAAAACGGGUUGGUGAAUCGGUACGAUUAUGUUGUGCUAAUGACCAAAAACGGGAAAAGAGCGUGUCGUUUGCACACCGGGUUUUGCCGUAAAAAGACGGAAUUUUCACCGGAGAUUCUCUCAGUUGCUGCCAUUUAAUUUUUUUUGUGUGUGGACAAAUACAGGUUUCAAAAUGACUCUUUUUCGAUAGUUUUAAGCAUAUUCUAUUUAUAUUGUAUUUCCUUCGCAUUUUAUUAUUGGCCACUCGUAUUUAUUAAUUUAUUACAAAAAAAAUAUAUAUUUGACCGAUAGUGUAACUAAAACAAAAGUUUUAAUUAUUUUAAUACUGAAUGUCAGUAAUGUAAAAAUUUAAUUAUCCAUUUAUACAUCGCAGACAGACUUUUUGUAUUAAUUCUUAUUGUAGUUGACUUAGGCGUGACAAAUUGUUUGUCAAAAUUUUCUUUUUUUGGAAAUAUAGUUGUCAGAAAACAAA